ACCAGAUGUCAUUGUACAUCAAUUGUGUAGCCCAAAAUUGUCAAAAUCCCAAUCCCAAUCCCAAUAAUUGAGGCAAAUUUUAGUGUAAUUUUCGUUGCAAAUCUGGUUGCAGUUGCCAUGUCCAACCAGAAACAGAACAAGGCGCCGAGCCAGACUCCGGCCCAGCUCCAAGAGCCGGACAAGCGAGUAUCAGACGAACAGGCGCGACGCCAUCGUGCCAAAUUGCGAUUCACCUAUGGGAACAUGAUCUCAAAUGCAAAUCUGAAUAGAAUGCGCAACAAGCUGAAUUCCGAAGCAGGUGAAGCACCAGCAGCAUUUGUGAGCAAUGUCAAGGCAGGCAGCUGCUCGGGUCUGCCCCACGAGGACAACGAAGCGGAUGAGGUGAUGCCCCAUGCUCCAGCUCCAGCCCCAGUCGCUCUGCCAGAGCAGGAGAAGGAGGAGGAGGAGAAUUUGCCGUCGCUUGAUGACUGGGAAAGCAGGUAUUCACGGGCACCGGGAUCAUCGCGUGCCAUCGAACGCUGGCAGCAGCUGAGCAGCAAGGUGACGUCUCUGUUCUGUGCACGCCGCUACACCGACAGUUGGGAGACGCCUGUGGCCAAGACGCGACGUCUACGCGAGCAGCGGGAAGUGCUACAGAUCUUCACCAGACCCUUCCUCGAGGAGGAGGAGAAUUUGCCGUCGCUUGAUGACUGGGAAAGCAGAUAUUCACGGGCACCGGGAUCAUCGCGUGCCAUCGAACGCUGGCAGCAGCUGAGCAGCAAGGUGACGUCUCUGUUCUGUGCACGCCGCUACACCGACAGUUGGGAGACGCCUGUGGCCAAGACGCGACGUCUACGCGAGCAGCGGGAAGUGCUACAGAUCUUCACCAGACCCUUCCUCGUGAAUCAACGCAAGCGGGAGUAGAGAUUGAAACCCCAUUGAAACCAGUCGCCGGUAGCCUUUGUCCUUAAUCAAAUUCAAUUCAUUCUCGUUAUACGACAUACAUCUCCCUCUCCGUUCUCUCCA